AUGGCUUACUUCCUACCCUCAUUCUUCCAGAAGCGGUUGCUCCGAUAUGCCUUGUCUCGUCUGGAGUUCGUCGACACCGAAGCCCUAGAUCUCGACAGCCUCGGCAUUCGCUGGGGCCAACGGAGCACCGUCGAGUUACGGGAUAUAGGCUUGAGGCUUGAGAAAUUAGCCUCAUUCCUCCAUCUGCCUCCCUCCAGUGAACUCCUUAGCGCCCGCGUUCGGUACCUUCAAAUCACAGUCCCUGCCGAUUUCUACAGCAGUGGGAUCAUCUGCCAAGCAAGCGGGAUCGACGUGCAUCUUAGACUCCCGUCGGAAGAGACCUGUCACGGCGAGUCGACGGAGCAGGGAAAGUCGCCUUCAGCGGGCGAUCAUGACCUCUCGCUUGACCCGAUUCUUCCAAACCCGACCGAUCUUGCACAGUCAUUCCUCGAAGCCGAGCCGAAAGAAGAGAAAGAGGAACUACAAGCUGCCAUCUCAUCUCGAUCUCAAGUACUACAGCAUCCGUCGUCCUCCUUUAGCAGCGACGAUGAAGACGAGCUUGGUCUGGGUAGUGAGGGUGUCUCACUCCCUAGUUUUGUUGCGGGUUUCAUAAAGGGCGUUGUCGAGCGCCUCCAGGUUCAGAUUGAUGAUAUCUCGGUGCGAGUAGAGCUGGAAACGAAGCAGGAGGGUCCUCUGAAGAGACAACCAGAGGAAAAGCCAGACUCAAUAACCGGGCUCUUGAGCAUUCGUCAAAUCAAGGUGAAUGCGGUGUCCGCGUCCUCUGGCUCCGAUGAAGCUCUGUCUUGUACGGGGAAACGAUUGGUCUCCCUCUCUGACCUUAACCUCGCUUUAAUCUCUGAACCCAUAGUUUUCUCGAAUUAUGCUCGCUUUACCGAACCUCCUAUGUCACCGUCUACCCCCGUACAGCCAAAAUCAAGCUGGUCGCCUAGUCGAGCCCCUUCGCCGUCUCCUGCGGUGCCGUCCUCUUCAAAUUCCACCCUUGACCUCUCGCGAUCGACCAUCCUUGACCAAUCACCGCAAGAGUUUGCAAUUUCUCGAAUGGAAGACCGUGGUGAUGCUCCUGAAUUGGAAGGUUCCGUUUACACGUACGAUGGCCGAUUUUCAGAUGCCGAUACGGAGGAAAAUCGAAGUUAUGGCUACCUCGAAGAUUCCCAAAAUCUAUCCGACGAUGAUAAACUUCUCGACAAUCCCGCCUACCUGGACUCUGUUAUCAACUCUCAGUUCCAGGAUGAUGAUCUCGAGGGCUCGGGUAAUUUGCACCUGCCCCCCAACAUUAGCCAUGAUUCCAGUCGCGGAGAAACACCUCGUCGCCAGAGUCCGGACCUGAGCCCUACUGGGUCUGCGUCCCAACAUAGCUCAGGCAGAAAAGCGCUGGUUCCCUUCGGGCAGCAACCGGAACACCAUGGUGGUGUAUCCCUAAGCGGCAGUGAUCAUUAUCAGUUAGAAGGCCUGGGCGCCCAGAAAGCGCUACCCGAAGUCGCCUUUGAGGACGCGCCGUCAAAUUACCAUGAGGAAGCGCCUCGCUUCUCUGGCCCUCCUUCAGAAGCAGAUAGUACGGAUUCGGCUUCCGGCUCUUUUCACGAUGCCGAUCUUUCAGAGUCGAAACUGUUCUCGAACGAAGAGGCCCAAAGUAUGUAUAUGAGCGCUAUCAGCCAAGGUUCGACCACAAGAAGUUUCAUGCCCAAUAUUCCGGGGGCUUGGGAUUCUCCCGAAUCAACAACACAACACCCAUUCCACACUUCCGGGGAUCAUGGGCAAACGGGCUACGAUAACGAUGACCAGGAUGACGCGGCGGCGGCGACCCCCAAGCUUACUGCUCACGUCUUACCAUCAUUACCACAAGAGCACUCACUUGACGAGAACUCAAGGGCGCCUUCUGAGACGGCAGAACAAGAUUCCAUGAGAUCUUCUCAAGGACUGAAUAAGCCUGCAGAGAUGGCAAAGAAAUUCUUUAGCGUUGACAAGAUACUGAUAUGGAUUCCCUCAACUACCGAGGACGACGAAUUGUCAGAUCUGGACAGGACAGGUGACAAUUUGAAGCAAUCGACUGCUCGCGUGCGAGGUCAUGGAACCGAGGAUGAUCUUCUCGCCUCCAGGGCUCAUACUUCAUUACGGUCCCGUGGCGACUCUAUCGGUUCGUCCUUUCACUCCGAAAUUGCCGAGUCAAGGUACCCACAACGAGCAGAGAGAGAUGAACGAGAGUUCGGGUCUAGCGGUGAACGGGACGAAAUAGCAGUUGAGAUAUUCUCGGCAGAGCUACAGUUCGAUAUCGCCAUCGGAUGGCUGGUCGUGAAAUUUGGUCAAAGGGUCCUCCACGCAUUCGGCCAGGAUGACAGCGCAGCUCCUGCAAAGAAGCAGACAAAGGAUGAGGCGCAGGGCGUGCAGGGCCGACAAGCUCUCCGACUUGCGCUGCAGAAGCUAUCCAUUAAAUUCGUCGGACACGUACCAGGACACGCAUACCCUUGUGAAGAGUCCCAAUUGCAUUCUCCCACAUUCUUCAGUCUUCUCCGUGAAGAUAUUGUGCUUCAAACCACUGCUUCUGGGCUGAAAGCGCAUUACUCCACGGAAAAAGACAAAGCAAAAUUGCGCUUAGAUGUCACCAAAUUCACACUCGGAUUUGCAUCUGAGGAUCUGCUUUCGUUCAGUGAAGAUCUGAAAAUGCGCGAAUCCACACGCGAUGUCUUUUCACCCACGCAUGGCGACCUAAGCAUUUCUUUGAGCAAGUCUUCUGAUUCGGCGCAUGUCAAUAUCACAACCCUCCCCCUCCUACUCAAUGUCAAUGUUCAACGCUUGGAAGAGGUUGUAGACUGGUUCGGUGGGCUGAGCACUAUUCUGGAUCUUGGAAGCUCAAUCUCAUCGAUGUCAGCUACAAAGGUCUCGAAAAAGCCCACGCCAAAACGAGCUCGCGGUGUGCGAUUUGAAGCCUCAUCUCCCCCGCUCCCGGAGGUGUCUCCGAAUGACUCGGUGCCGUGGAAGGUUAAUGCUCGCGUGGGUGGAGUCGCCGUUGAUGUCGCCGGAGAAACACAUUACCUGAAGCUAAGAUCUACGGCUGUGAAACUCAUUAGUAGAUCCGAGGGUAUUGCCGUGCAAAUCGACAAAGCCAAGUUAAGUGGACCGCUGCAACUUGAAGACACGAAGGAUGCGCCUGCUAAAGUCAACCUGAAUAACAUUCGGGUCGAGUACCUAUAUGCGCCCAAGGAGACAGACCUAGAUCGUCUUCUUUCAUUGAUCACGCCUUCCAAAGACAAAUACGACGAAGAUGACGACAUUAUGCUAGACACUCUCUUCCGGCAGCGGAGACAAGGUUCCGUACUCCGCACCACAGUUGGCGGCAUAAAGGCAGUGAUAACGCGCACGAAUGACCUGGAAGCCUUCGUUCAACUUGGAGAGGAGCUAGGUAGACUAUCUACUGUCGCCAAGUACCUUCCCGAAGAUGACCGACCUGGACUAUUGACCCUCACGUUGAUUCGAGACCUUGAGGUUCAAGUACAUGUGGGAGGCAAAGUUGGGGAAAUGACCGCGCGCUUGGAAAACGCCGAAGCCGCCUAUAUCAGCAUCCCUUCGCUUAUAGCUGCCAAGGUUGGAUCAAUGACAGUUUUCAGAAAUGGCGACGAGGAGCUGCUAGGAGAAGGCUUACCUCCAAAUAUGGGUCAAAGCUCAGUAUCUCAGACCGAGCACCCGGUAUUGAUGGCGCGAUUCAUUGCCGAUGAGAUGGAGCCUACGUUCAAAGUCAAACUCCAUAAUAUACGUGUGGAAUACACGCUAUCGUCGAUCGUCGCAUUCCUCGGGCUCAGCGAAGAAAUGACCACAGGCGAUGUUGCUGCCAACAUGGCGAACUCGCUGGCCAAUCUCGCAGAGUUGCAGUCUCCCCAUCGCUAUGAUAAACAAAAAGUGAAUGAGGAGACCCCUAAAACCCCCUCAAAGCCCACCAAGCUGGCGGUCGGUUUACGGGACUGUGUUGUCGGUCUAAAUCCCCGGGGCACUGCCGCCAAAGGUCUGGUGGUACUCACGAACGCUAAUUUCUCCGGCACUAUUCAUGAUGAUACCGCCUCGGAAGCCACAUUAGAUCUUCGCAAAGCGUCGAUUAUGAUCAUAGACGACAGGAAGAAUGUCGGGCUUGCUGAUACGCAUAGCCGGAGGGGCUCUGGUCUGCAGAGUGAUCAAGUUCAAACCCUCAUCGAUCUAGGGUACGUGUCUGUAUGCUCUAUAUCCUCCGCGACGGCUACUCUGAAAAUCGUGCGACUCAGCGACGACGGCACCAAGUCGCUUGACGUGGAGCUCAGGGACGACCUGCUCAUUCUGGAAACCUGCGCGGACUCAACGCAAACACUCAUCAGCAUCGUCAAUGGUUUACAGCCUCCAACCCCCCCUAGCGUAGCUGUUAAAUACCGGACCGAGGUCCUUCCGAUCCAGGACAUGCUAGCAUCGUUCUCUGGAGAUGCGUUUACGAUGGACCCGAUUCUAGAAGCCGAAGAGACUUCAGAAUCAGAUGAUCGUCCUCAUUCGACUGAACAAAGUCACAGUGGAGCAGACCCUAUCGAGGAUGAGCUUGAGUACGUGAGCGACUUUUAUCCCGUGAAACCAGCUCCGGAGCCUGGCUCUUCGCACGAGGGCAUGGGAUCGUCGAAUGAAUUACUCGACAGUUUCCACUCGCAGUACUACGUAUCCUCGAGUGUCUCGGACCUUGAAUUCCGGGAGGACCACUUUGCCCAGCAGUCUGCGGUCGGAGGCACGGCCCACAGAUGGGACUCAGCUGAAAAUACGUACGGGCUAUCGGACGACAAUAAACUCCAGAGAAGCCCUCUGAGAAUCAGGGUCCGUGACGCCCACGUGAUAUGGAAUCUUUUCGAUGGCUAUGACUGGCAGCGAACGAGGGAUACCAUCUCGAAGGCUGUGAAGGACGUGGAGAAGAAGGCAACAGAACGGCGGGCCCGGACCGGGUCUCGUGCAUCCCCUGGUUUUGAAGAGGAAGAAGAGUCUGUCAUUGGUGACUGCUUGUUCAACUCUAUCUACAUCGGUAUCCCGGCCAACAAGGACCCUCGAGAGCUCCGCGGCGAUAUCAAUCGCAACAUCGAUGAUCUUAUCAGCGAGACUGGAAGCUAUGCAACCGCUACUACGGUCACCGGAGCCACAGCGCGACAAGGGCAACCGACAUCGCGAAGAAAGCUGCGGCUUUCGCGAAGCAAGUAUCACAAGAUGACCUUUGAACUCAAAGGGAUUUGCGCAGAUCUUGUCGUUUUCCCGCCCGACUCAGGAGAGACGCAAAGCUCAUUGGAUGUUCGCGUCAAGGACUUGGAGAUCUUUGACCAUGUACCGACAUCGACCUGGAAGAAAUUUGCCACUUACAUGCACGAGGUGGGUGAAAAGGAGAGCGGGACCAGUAUGAUACACCUGGAAAUCUUGACCGUGCGGCCGGUCCCCGAGUUAGCUGCGGCUGAGAUCGUUCUCAAGGCCACCAUCCUUCCGCUUCGGCUACAUGUUGAUCAAGAUGCGUUGGACUUUAUAUGCCGGUUCUUUGAAUUCCGCGACGACUCCGCCCCAGCUCCCAGCGCCCCUGAGGACAUACCCUUUUUGCAGCGGGUCGAGAUCAAUGCGGUCCCUGUCAGGCUCGAUUUCAAACCGAAGCGGGUUGAUUAUGCAGGUCUUCAGUCAGGUCGCACAACCGAGUUCAUGAACUUUUUUGUUCUGGACGGGGCUGACAUGGUCAUGCGACAUGUUAUCAUCUACGGGGUGUCCGGAUUUGAUAAGCUCGGACAGACGCUCAAUGAUAUCUGGAUGCCUGAUAUCAAGCGGAACCAGCUGCCGGGCGUGAUCGCGGGGCUGGCUCCCAUCCGGUCUCUCGUGAAUGUCGGCGGAGGCGUGAAGGACCUGGUGGUCGUGCCGAUGCGCGAAUACCGAAAGGACGGUCGAAUUGUGCGUAGCAUUCAGAAGGGCGCCGUGUCCUUUGCGAAAACCACCUCUAAUGAAUUGGUGAAGUUGGGGGCUAAACUCGCCAUCGGCACGCAAACCGUCCUACAAGGCGCCGAAGAUCUUCUGACCACCCCAAGAGCACCGCUGACGGCCCCCGAGGAUGACAUGAUCGACGAAGAGGAGGCGAAGAAGAUCUCGCUGUAUGCCGACCAACCGGUGGGCGUGGUCCAGGGCCUCCGGGGCGCCUUCAAGGGGCUGGAGCGCGAUCUGCUUCUGACCCGCGACGCUAUCGUGGCUGUUCCCGGGGAAGUAGUGGAGAGUGGCAGCGCCAAGGCCGCCGCGAAGGCCGUCUGGAAACGAGCUCCUACCGUUGUGCUGCGACCUGCGAUCGGAGUGUCCAAGGCUGUGGGACAGACCCUGCUGGGGGCUGGAAAUACCUUGGAUCCCAGCAAUCGACGAAAGAUGGAAGACACUGUUUCCCUGGGACAAAGCCAAUCAGCAGACGCACAGCCGACUCUCAGGGACGAUCGACUGUCUUCGGUGCCCAACAUUGCUCUCGGUCGUCCAUCUGAUACUCGUCUCUCGUCCUCGUCAACCGUCCGAGACUACGAACUACCUCUGAGGAUCCACCCGGCGACGUCCUUCAAGAUGAACCGUGGCCGUGCGACUGAUUGGUUGCCAGAGAUGCACGUCACCGGCCAUCCAGCUCCUUCCUUUAUUCAUUCCCCAUUGUUUCGCUCGUUGAUUGUCUGGGUGAUCCAUGCAUUGUCCGUCGAUCUCAAACAACGGCUCUACAUCACCCCCCUCAUCAUGGAUCUCAAAGACUACGUCAGUCAUGAGCCCUUCCAUCUUCAACCCAUGGACGCCAUCUCGGCCUGUUCCCCAUCUCCCAUCUCCCUCCCCCUGCUCUCGCACACGCAAACGCAGUCGCAGUCGCAAUUCCCCUCUCAGGACCACCCCGAUCCCGCUCUGCAGCCCUCAUCCCUCAACCACGUCAUAAACAACCUCUACCCGGAGCCCGGCGCCUUGACACUGCACAAUUAUCGCAGGUACAUGGCGCACGGCGGCUCGUCGACUUCUGUUGACGGACAUGACUUCAAGAGGCUGCGUCGGAAAAACGCAGCCUUGAAUCUGAAUCAACCGUCUGAUCUUCCGCAUUCUGUCUCGCCCUACUCGGUGUCCUCGGCGUCGAGUCCGCCGCCGCUGUCGCCUUCGUCGUCGCCCAGUGCGGUUAGCGACUUGGGCGCGGAGAGCUUGCGCGGGUAUCUCUUAUCAUCAACUCCAAUGGACUUGGUUUCAUACGAGCGUCCCGGGCACAGGUUGAAUUCGUAUAAGAUCUUGGAUACCUUUCGCGACAGACUCGAAAGCUACCCCGACCCAAACCCGACACCCUCGAUCCGCGGUCACAGCAAGACCUACUCCGACUCCGCGCUGCUUAACGUCGCCCGAGAUGUCGACUCGACCGUCGUCAGCCACAACGGGGCCUCGUUCGAGAUCCUGAACCCCCAUGAAUCGCUGCGCUUUGCGCGCAUCGUCUCCUACAUCGAAGAUGUGGACACGUACUCGUCCCCUGGAUCGUCCGGGCACGGUCACCAACGGGACUCGUACAUAUCCGACGACGCCAUUCCUAUAAUCGAUACAUCAUUUCUAGGCGAUGACGACCGUCUCUAUCCCUACCCCGUGGGAGACGACACCUACAGGGAAGACGACAUCACCGCCACCACCACGACGCAUGUCCACCGCGCCCAUCACGACCUCGUCGGCGACUCGCCGCAUCACCCAAUGCCGUCUAUAUCCGAGCGCUUGGAAGAGAACGACGGCGAGGAGAUCUCCUCGCCCGAUGAACUCCACCGGACCCCUUACUACCCGCCCCCCUCUCACACUCACUCCCGCUCCUACUCGUCUCACUUCCACCGCGGUUCCCGCCUCUGGACCCCUCGAUCCUUCGACUCCGAUCUCGGCGAACCCGGCUCCCCUGUCUACGAACACGAGCCCGAUACCUUCCACUCUUUCUGGUCGAAACACCACCUCCACCACAUUCCCCAAUCCACCACCCCGACUCCCCGCCUCCGCGAGGACAUCCACAUCCACGUCCAACCGCGUUCGUCCACCCCGAGGAAAGGGAGCCAGGACGCGGGCAAAACAGGCCCGUUGAAACGACUAUGCGGCAUUGCGAUGGCGUUGCGCAGGAAGCGAUUCUGGGGUAAAGAUGGGGAGAAGUAG